AUGUAUGUACAACACAAUGGAGUAGCAAUGGGUGCUCCAUUGGCACCAGUGAUUGCUGACAUAUUCAUGGCUCAUCUUGAAACGACAUUAAUGGACCAGUUGAAACAAAGUGGAGUAUGCGAAUGGCAUCGAUAUGUUGAUGAUACGUUUGUUCUCCUUGAACCAACAACAAACGUUGCCGACGUAUUGACCAUUUUGAAUAAUUUCCAUGCUUCAAUCAAGUUCACAUAUGAACUUGAAAAAGAUCAUUCACUUCCUUUCCUCGAUGUGAGAGUUAUUCGACCACAAAACUCUCAGCAAUUCGAGACGACCAUCUACAGGAAACCAACCUUCACUGGUUUAAUGACCAAUUGGCACUCAUUCGUACCACUACAGUAUAAGAAAUCCAGCAUUGUAAGUAUGGUUCAACGAGCUCUGGCCAUCUGCUCCACCUACACAACAUUAGCAGCGGAAUUUCAAGAAAUACGACGGAUAGGUGUAGCCAAUGGUUAUCCAAUAUCUUUCAUUGAUACCCGAAUUGGCAUUGGACUAAAUCGACAGUUAGCGAAGAAUGACUCCAACACAACAAUAUUACCUUUGAUUGGGUGUGAGAAGAAACGAAUGUAUGUAGAAAUACCUUUCAUCGGUCGACCAACGGACUUGUUGAAGAAGAGAUUCAGUCAACUGUCUAGUAAAGUUCGUCCUGAUCUCGACAUUCGCUUCUACACAAAACCUCCACCAGCGGUUCAAACAUUCUUCCAAACCAAAGAUCCAAUCGUCAAACACAUGCAAUCAGACGUCGUCUACUCAAUCAGUUGUAUCGAUUGCAAUCAAACAUAUAUCGGCAAAACUGAAAGACAAAGUAUACGCCGCCUACGUGAACAUGGAGCACCAAAACAAUCCUUUGAUUCGCGUCCAACUGAACAGGCAUCGAGUGAUGAGGAUGAUACAGCAACACCUGAUUCAACAUCUACAAGCUUAAGACGGUCAUCACGUAUUCGGAACAAGAACCAUAUUACUCCAACGAAUACCUCCAACACGACCAAUGACAAAAAGAGAGAAAAAGAAACAGAAAUUGUAUCUUCUCUCGCACAACAUACCAAAGACACAGGACAUCAUAUUGAUUGGACUGGUUUUCGUGUCGCAUGGAGAGAUGACAACCCUUAUCGGCUGCUAAUCAAAGAAUCUUUACUGAUUCAAGCAUUCAAGCCAGAACUGAACCGAACAACACACUCAGUACCACUUAUUGUGUUUCCAGAUGGCUUACCAAGAGAUAUGUUACCUGACCCAAACGGUUAA